GAGUUUUGUGAAAAAUAAGCUCUAAGGAGAAAUAAAAUGAUGAAUUAUAGAAAUUUAAGUGAAUUAAAUCAAUGAAAAAGGAAAUGUCAGAGAACGAAACAUGCACAUCGAAUUUGCCAGAGGCAAAUCGAAUGUUAUUUUUGGAGAAGGUGCGACAGUCAAAUAUUGCAUGUCAAAAUGGUGAUUUUUCGACUGCUGUACAACUCUACACCGAUGCUCUAUUAUUAGAUCCGACUAAUCACAUUCUGUAUAGUAAUCGAUCAGCAGCGAGGUUAAAACAAGGUCAAUUUUUGUUGGCGCUUCAGGAUGCCACGAAAGCAAGGGAGCUGUGUCCUCAAUGGCCAAAGGCAUACUUUCGACAAGGCGUUGCACUUCAAUGUCUCGGUCGUUAUGCAGAAGCACUUGCUGCUUUCAGUUCUGGACUAGCUCAAGAUCCAAAUUCAAAACAACUAUUGUCAGGACUUGUUGAGGCAUCUGUUAAGUCACCAAUGCGUCCAGCACUUGAGCCGACAUUUGAGCAGUUAAAGAAUAUGAAUUUAGAUCAAUCGCCAUUUGUAGUGAUUAGUGUAAUAGGACAAGAGUUAUUAGGAGGUGGCCAUUAUCAUUCAGCUGUGACGGUCCUUGAAGCAGCUUUAAAAAUAGGAUCAUGCUCAUUGAAAUUACGUGGAUCUGUAUUUAGUGCAUUAAGUUCAGCCUAUUGGGCUCUAAAUCAAUUAGAUAAGGCCAUUGCAUACAUGCAACAAGACUUAGCAGUGGCAAAAAGUUUAGGUGAUCAACUUGGUGAAUGUCGUGCUCAUGGAAAUUUAGGAUCUGCAUAUUUUAGUCAAGGAUCAUUUAAGGAAGCUUUAACAGCCCAUAGAUAUCAAUUAGUGCUAGCAAUGAAAUGUAAAGACACACAAUCAGCAGCCAUCGCACUAACAUCACUUGGACAUGUUUAUACAGCUAUUGGAGAUUACCCAAAUGCCUUAGCAUCGCACAAACAAUGCGUGCAAUUAGUCAAACAAAUGGGAAAUUUGCUACAAGAGGCACGCGAAAUAAGUAAUGUUGGUGCUGUUUAUUUAGCUAUGGGAGAAUUUGAUCUUGCCAUUGAUUGUCACCAACAACAUUUAAGAUUAGCUAAGAAGCUUAAUAAUAUGGUAGAAAUGGCAAAAGCAUACUCAAAUUUAGGCUCCAGUUAUCAUUAUAAAAGAAAUUUUUCCCAAGCGAUUGUUUAUCAUGAGAAUGUCUUAAAAAUAGCCUCACAACUCAAUGACAGAGCACUCGAAACGAGAUUUCUUUAUCGUGCAUAUGCCGGCCUGGGUCAUGCGGCUAGAUGUGCUGGUGAUUAUAGUCAAUCAAAAAAAUGGCAUGAGAAACAACUAGAAAUGGCAUUAGCCGCAAGAGAUAAAAUCGGAGAAGGAAGAUCAAUUAGCAACUUGGGAAUUGUUUAUCAACUUCUUGGCGAAAAUGAUCACGCAUUGAAGCUACAUCAAGCACACCUUGCGAUCUCACGUCAACUUCAAGAUAAGGCCGGCAUGGGACGUGCUUAUGGAAAUAUUGCUAAUUCCUAUUACGCUGUUGGACUUUAUGAGCAAGCAAUUAAGUAUCAUAAGCAAGAGUUGAUAAUUAGCAAAGAAGUCGGUGAUCGUUCUGCUGAGGCAAGCACUCAUGGUAAUCUGGCUGUAGCAUAUCAAGCAAUUGGAGCUCAUGCGAUGGCGUUAAUUCAUUAUCGUAGUCAUCUUAAUAUUGCACGUGAAUUAAAGGACACAGUUGGUGAAUCUUGUGCACUUUUAAAUUUGGGGAACUGUCUAAGCUCCAGACAAGAGUUUGCAGAAGCUGUUCAAUACUAUGAACAAUAUUUGAUGUUGUCACAAGAGAUUGGUGAUGUUGUGGCUGAAGGAAAGGCUUGUCAUUUUUUGGGAUAUGUUCAUUAUUGUUUGGGAAACUACAGAGAAGCUGUUAGGUACUAUGAUCAAGAUUUAGCACUGGCGAAAGACUUGCAGAACAAAGUCAACAUGGGUCGCGCGUAUUGUAAUGUUGGUCUGUGUCACUUAGCAUUAGGAAACAAUGAAGAAGCUUUGGAAUGUCAAAAGUAUUUUCUUGCCAUAGCUCACAUGACAAAUAAUAAUAAUGGAAAGUUUAGAGCUCUUGGAAACAUUGGUGAUGUCCUUAUAAAAAUGGGUGAUUUAGAUGAAGCAUCAAAAAUGUUUCAAAGACAAUUGCAAAUUGCUCGACAAUUGAGGGAUAGAAAUCUUGAAGCAUCAGCUUGUGGAUCGCUUGGUUUGGUCAAUCGACUAAUGAGAAAAUUUGAUAAAGCUCUUGGAUUUCAUACACAAGAGUUGACACUUAGACAAGAAAUGGCUGAUAUUUUGGGUGAGACUCGAUGUCAUCAAAGUCUUGGUGCUGUUCAUAUGGCUAUUGGUAACUUUAUCCUUGCAUUAAAAUGUUAUCAAGAACAGCUUGAAAGAGCUCAAGAAUUAAAAGAUAUGGCACAAAUAUCUAAUGCAUUCGGUAAUCUUGGAAUAGCCAGACUGAAUAUGCAACAUUAUGAAGAAGCUAUUGGAUUCUUAGAACAGCAAUUAGGAACAUUAGAGCAAGUAAAUUCUCCACAAGUUCAGCAUGAUAAGGCAAGAGCUCUUGGACAUCUCGGUGAUUGCUACAAUGCUUUAGGUGAUCAUGAAGAAGCAAUAAAGUGUCAUGAACAACAUCUACAGUUAGCUACUCAACUUUCAAGCUCAAGAGAUCAAGAAAGAGCUUUUCGAGGAUUGGGAAUAAGUCAUAAGCAGCUAGGAAAUUUCCAGGAAGCUCUAGUUUAUCUCGAAAAAAGAUUGUUUGUUGCACAUGAACUUGGAAGUUUAGAAGCAAAAGCUUCAAGUUAUGCAGAUUUGGGAAGUAUUCACUGCGCAUUGAAAAAUUAUGAACAAGCUGUUGCUUGUCUUGAACAUCAACGUGAUAUUGCGAGGGAACUUGAUGAUCGUACAAUGACAUCUGAUGCAAUUUCAAGUCUUGGUGUUGUAUUCCUACAAAUGGGUGAUCUUGAUGGAGCAUUAAGACUUCAUAAAAUGGAUUUAGAAUUGUGUGAAAAUAUCGGAGCAAAUAAUAUCACUGGACGUGCUUAUGGAAAUCUAGCCAGCGUGUAUGAAUCAUUAAAGAAUACUCACGAAUCUGUAAAGUGUCUAGAAAAGCAAUUAUCACUCACUACUGAUCGUUUGACUAAAAGCUUAUGCUUUAUGAAUCUUGGAAGAGUUCUUCAAUCAGUAAGUCAAACUACUCGAGCUAUUGAUUGCUUACAGCAAGCAUUACAAAUCGCUCAAUCGCUCAACAAAAGUGAAGAAGAAUCUAAAAUUCGUUAUUGCUUAAGCAUAUCCUUACUUGCAUCAAAUGACAAUGAGGAAGCUCGUUCACAAGUUGAAAAUGCAACACAAAUCCUUGAAUCUAUUCGAUUAUCAGAUCAACGUUCCUUACAAUCACGAAAUGAACUUUAUAGCCUUCAAACACAAUGCUAUCAGACACUUACUCAAAUUUUAGUAGAGUUGGGCAAACAGGAAGAUGCUCUCAUCGCCUCUGAAAAAUGUCGCGCAAGAAUAAUUUCUGAUGGAAUGAAAAAUUCCCCGACAGUUCCAUUAAGCAACAGGAAGUUAUUGUUCACUUGUGGCGAUUAUCUUUUUGACACAGUCGAUAAAUUCAAGACUCACAUCAUUUAUUAUUCAAUUUCAAAUGAUGAAUUAUAUGCAUGGUAUCUACAGCCACAGAAGAAAAUUGUUAGAUUCCAUACUGCGAAAUUAAACUCGAGCAUUCUUGUACUUCCGCCAAGUCAAAAGACAAAGAAUAGUAAUGAGUCUGGUGUGAAACUUUUGGAACGAUACAUUGCUUAUGUUCGAGAUAGUUUAGGAGUUUAUUGUGCUGAUGAUGUUACUAAUCAUGUCAAUCAAAAUACUGGUCAAUGGAGAUCAUCAUCGUCUGAAAAUUUAAUUGACGAUUUUACAAAUGAACGUCAAGGAUUUCUAAGAAUGGUUAACAGAAAUCAUUUGCUUAAUUCCAGCAAUUAUUCUUUGAGUUCAUUAUUCAGUCUUGGAUCUAUUUCAAGCCUUCAAGGAUCUACUAGAUCAAUCGGAAGUUUUCAUCAUGGAGGAUCCACACGCUCACGAGCAAGUACAAUUCCAGCAACCACAACAGCUUGGCAAGGUCCAUCAUGUCUCCACGUUCUUUACAAUUUACUUCUUGCUCCAUUUGAAGACUUGCUGCCUACAUGCUUCACAAGUCCGAGAGUUGGAAGACGUGAACUAAUUUUAGUGCUUGAAGAUGUGCUAUACUUAGUUCCAUUUGCAAUUUUAAGAAGUGGAGAUGAACAGGGAGAAUUUUUGUCUGAGAGAUGCUCAUUACUUACAGUUCCAUCAAUUCAAGCUCUCCGUCAACGCCAUAGAUUUAAAAAUCGUGAAGCUAUUGACAACAUUAAUAAGGCGUUGGUUGUAGGCGUGGGUGGAAACAGAAAUCAUCCAGAUAUCCAAUGGUCAGAUCCAACAUCUGCUGUUCAAGAGGCUGCAAUGAUUUCAGAGAUGCUCCAUACAAAGCCACUGAUUCAACAAACAGCAACAAAAGAGACUGUUAUGAAUGACUUAACUAAUGCUGAAUGUAUUCACUUUGCAUGCCAACUUGCAUGGAAGCAAUCAGCUGUCGUUUUAAGUCCUGGAAAUAUGGUUGAAUCUCAGUCUAACUCUAAGCGCUACUAUCCUAAUGCUAAUAAUGAAAUCGAUCAGGAUGAUGAUUCGAAUGACAUAAAUAAUAGUGCAAUGGAGAUUCCAUUAAAUGACUACAUUCUUGGUGGACCAGAUAUAACGAAUAUGCGACUAGCAGCUAAACUAGUUGUUUUCAAUACAAGCUCUACUUCUGAUCAAAUUUCUGGCUCAACUGUUGCUAAAUUUACAAAUAGCUGGUUGAUUGCAGGAACAGGAGCAGUUUUGAUAAAUUUAUGGCCUGUUCCUGAAAUGGCAUCAAAGAUUCUUCUUCGAGCAUUUUAUUCAGCUCUCCUGCAAGGUUCAAAAGUCGCAAAUGCAUUAACUGAAGCAAUGCAAACCGUACAGCAUACAAAACAUUUUAGCAAUCCUGUAAAUUGGGCUGGAUUCAUUGUAGUUGGUGGAGCAAAUAUUCGCCUUUCGAAUAAAGUUGCAUUGAUUGGACAAGCAUUAUGUGAACUAUUAAAGCAACCAGAAAAAUGCCGUGAUGCACUUCGAGUUUGCUUACAUCUGGUUGAAAAAAGUUUGCAGAGAAUUCAUCGUGGACAGAAGAAUGCAAUGUACACAACGCAAAAAUCUAUUGAAAAUAAAGCUGGCAUUGUAACUGGUUGGAAAGAUAUGUUAAUGGCAGUUGGGUUUAGAUUUGAACCAGCAGCAAACGGAAUUCCAUCGAGUGUUUUCUUCCCACAAUCUGAUCCUGAGGAAAGACUUUCUCAAUGCAGUGCAAGCUUGCAGGCUAUUUUAGCAUUGACUGCCACGACUCUUCAUGCUUUAUCUAAGUUGGUCACAAACAACAGUGAAUCUUCAGAUGAUAUUAUUUCUGUAAUGCGAAAUAUUGUAGCUCAGUUUCAAGCGAAGACAAUUAAUGAUGUUGAAGGAAUUGAGGUGUCAUUGGGAGUCCGAUUAUGGAAAAUCAGUGGAUUUCAUGAUCUCAUGUCAUCACUAGGAUUUGAUUUAAUGGAUGUUGAUGAAGAUCAAGUGACUUUAAGAACAGGAAAGCAUGCAAAUAAAAGAAAUUGUCAAUUCGUUCUUCAAGCACUUUUAGCUCUAUUUACUCAAGAAGCUCCGAAAACUAUUGGCAUAGAAACCUCAAGUAAUACAAGCUCAAGCACAGAAUCACUUAACGAUGCAAUCGAAAAUGAAAAAGCUACAACUUCAACUGCAUAUACAAAUUUUCCAAGGCCACUAGCUGCUCCAAGAAAAAUGACAACUAGUUCUCGUAGUGCGUUCAUUUCUUAUCAAAAAAGACGCGGAGAGCCUGAUGGUGGCCAUGAAGAAGUUUCACCAGCUCAACCACCUAAACCACAGACAACAUUUGAAAAUACAGAUAGUGAAUUAUCUGAUGGCUAUGCAACUCAAAAGAUGUUGGCAAAAUAUUCAGAUCUUGGAUAUGGUGGGAUACGAGGAAAUCCAAAGAUUUGUCGUCCAGGAGGUGGUCGAGAAUCUGAUGCUACAUUUACACCAUCACCAAUUGAAAAUAAUGUCUCUCUAGCUUUGGCUCAUCAAACUAAAAUCAGAAAUUUAUACACUAAUAUUAGUGAAGCGACAAGUUCAAAUGUUGCAGUCACUAAGAACGGUUCAAGAAGACCUGAUAGCUCAAGUUCAGCUUCAUCAGCUGCAGAACAAAAUUGGGAUUCAGGACAUGCUACAGUAUUAAGGAGAGGAAACAAUGGAAACGCUACAACCUUGCCAAUGCCAGCAACAAGACAAUUACUUCCAAUUGUUGAUAAUCUUCGUCCAACAGCUCCUGUUUACAAUAAUCUUAUGAUGCAGUGUGGACUGAAAAAAUCAUUAAUGAUGGAAUCAACAUCCAGUGAUUCAGAAGGAUGGGUUCCUAGUCAAACGAGAACUAAGAUAAAACUUCAUCAACAAUUUAUUCAGCAAGCUCAUCAACAGCAUCAUCAGAACAUGUUACACUAUCAAGACAUGCCAUCAGUUAGUGUUGCAAAGUUAAAGGAGCAAUUUACUUUCUUAGAUCGUUUGAGUGUUAGAACGGAAGCGACAAAAAUAACAACAAAUCAUGGCAAAAAGUCUAUCAUAAAGGCUAAUGAUGAUGGAUUAAACUUAUCUGGAAAUAGUUUAUACUUUUCACCAGCAGAACUACAAAAUACAACCACAAAUCUAGUUGAAGAUGAUGCUGGUCCUAGUUCUGUAAUUCAGCAUGCAACAACUCAUUCACAUCAUAAAUCAUCAAAAGAAUCAAAGGCUACAACAUCAUCAAAUUCAGCAAGUAACUCUAUUGCGAUAUCUUCAUCAAAGAAAAAUAUUCAAGAUUCAAUUCUUCGUCACAUGAGUCGAGAAAUGGCACCAACAAUAUCCGAUGUGUAUCAUGAAAGAAAUAUUGGAUUAAUAUCCGCACCUCCAUUGUCAAAAUUAUUGAUGACAAAUUAUGAAGAGAACGAAACACAACAGAUAACGCAGGUGACGACAGUAAAUACAUCAUCAUCGCCAACAUCCGGAUUGAAUAAAUUAAUGAGUGCAAUCGAUUUAGGAGAGGAAAUUACAAAUUGUACAUCAUCAACUGCCAAGUUACUUUCAUGUGGUGGAACAAGUAAUAGUGAUGAAGACUUUUCAGUAUCUGUUGAAGAUGAGGCUGCAAGUAGUCAAGCUACAAUGAAAUCUGUCACAAAUAAGAAAAGUUUCAGUUCCGUUCCAUGGCUUAGUUCAAUUAAUGCAGAAAAUAUAGUCAAACCAAGUGAUUUGACAACAGCUGAAAUACUGGAACAUCAAAAAAUUAAAUCAGCCAGUUCGAGCUCAUCAAAUUCUGAUCAUUUAUCGAUAAUAAAAAGUCCGUACACAGAAUUUCGAGAUGAUGCCGAUGGCAAUUCUCAAUGCUCAUCAACACCCAAAAAUAGUUUGCCAUCAAAGCAGAAAGGAAAAGGAAGUAUUUAUUGAAAUUUUAUGUGGCAUAAACUGAAUUAUUCAUAAUGACUUUUUUUAAGCAAUUUUUUUAUGAUUUUUAAUUGUUGUACUUUUUAUAUUAAAAC